GCGUCCAGGUUAGCGACCCGGCUGCUUGGUUGGUGGUGGUUGCCGAAUACCCAGGGAGCGCGUUCCAGAGGGGUCUCCUUCCUGUGCUUCCCGCGUGUUUGAAGUCUGCCUUCCAACUUUCUUCGUGAGAACUCCGACCGAGGAAGGAAUUUAAACUGGGUUGUUUGAUCAAGAAGGACGAGGACUGUUUAAUCACUUCCGAAUCGGACAUCAAUGCAAGCCUGAAUAAGAAAAACCAUUUCUUCCACCUAAGCCAUGGCAUAUCAGUUAUACAGAAAUACCACUUUGGGAAACAGUCUUCAGGAGAGCCUAGAUGAGCUCAUACAGUCUCAACAGAUCACCCCCCAACUUGCCCUUCAAGUUCUCCUUCAGUUUGAUAAGGCCAUAAAUUCAGCAUUGGCUCAGAGGGUCAGGAACAGAGUCAAUUUCAGGGGCUCUCUAAAUACGUACAGAUUCUGCGAUAAUGUGUGGACUUUUGUUUUGAAUGAUGUUGAAUUCAGAGAGGUGACAGAGCUUAUUAAAGUGGAUAAAGUGAAAAUUGUAGCCUGUGAUGGUAAAAGUAAGUGUUCGCCUCAUUACUGUGAAAGCCAAACUCCUUGAAAUCUUGUUUUUAUGAACCUUUAGAAAACCUUUAUCUGAACAGCCUCCCUCUAGAAACCUGGCACCUGUCCCAGCUAGCCUCUGACUCCGGAGCUCAGACAGCCCUGUCUGACCUUAGUGUGCACACUGCACAUGCCGUGUGGGCUGCUUCCACAGUUAAACCUGCGUUAGUAAGCUUCUCUGCCUUACUUCAGUUACAGAUGCCCAGUGUUUCUCAGCCUUUCACAACCACGUUUUCCUUUUAAGGGAGUGAUGAUGAAUUUUGACAAUUUAUCCUCUGGUUUUUGUGUUACUAGGUACCUAUACAUUUUAUAGUUUUUAAAAAGUGAUUAUUUAAAAGCAGAUUGUAGUUAGCCGUGAAAACCCUGGCAGCCAUAAUGGUAAACAUUCAACCUGGUACAUUUGUGCAGAACCUGUUCCUAGGAAGUUAGCUCUGCUUUCUGUUCCAUAGUGAGUCGUUUCCUUUUGGCUAAUUAUAUUUUAAAUAUAUACUUACCUUCACUUUAUUUUCUGAACUUUUCGUGUUUAAAGCAGCUCUUCCUGAAAUUAAAUAGAGAAGACGGUCAUUCUUCAGGAAGGGAGUUUUGAAAAGGAAAAACAGAGAAAUAUAGAAAGUGAUGCCCUCCAUUUCUCAGAUUAUUGAUUGAACUUUUUGUUUUAUAUAUUGGAUUUCAAAAGGUAUGUCUAGUCAUUGAAGAAAUGCAGAGACUACAGAAAAGCACGCAGAAGAAACAUCAUAUGUAAACACCCCAAAACCAAAAGCCCAUUGCCUUCGAGUCAAUUCUGACUCAUAACAACCCUAUAGGACAGAAUAGGACUGCCUCAUAGGGUUUCCAGGGAGCAACUGGUGGAUUUGAACUGCUGACCUUUUGGUUAGCAGCCGAGCUCUUUAACCACCGCACCACCAGGGCUCCUAUAUGUAAUACCACCUGUAGAUAACUUACCACUUUUAAUAUUUUACUGCAUAACAUUCUAUUAUGUAUGUUUUUAUAGCAAUGUAUAUGUAUGUGUUUACACACAUUUGUAAAUAUAUCAUUUUUCAUACAUAAGACAUUAAUUAUUAUUAAGCCUCAUUUUUAAUGGAUGUAUAAAAUUAUGCCUUUAGUCCUUUUUAAAGAAAUAGUCUGUUCUAGGCAUCAGAAAGUCUCAAAAGUCUCAGAAAGUUACGGUGAUUUGUACCUUUCAGAAGGUUAAUUAGGAACAGUCAUUCUAAGAACUUUAGACGUAGAUGACUUUUGAAUACAGUCAUCAGAUCCUUGGGUAUUUUUUGUCAUUACAAGGAGCAGUGUAAGUAAGAAGUGAGUAAAGAAGGUCUCUGAGCAACCUGAAUAACAUCACAGCAUCCAUGUAAGAUUUGUAUUUUACUCCUAGGAGCUCCCGUCUGGGAGUCCUUGGAGUGUACUGCCUUUGCUGAAAGAUGUAAGAUACUGGUUUUUCCAAACCUCAGUGGAGGAGAAGGAGCAAAUCCAUAGCUAUGGCGGUGGCUCCUGAGGAGCUUCUCUGGCUUACAGCACUGUGUAGUGCUGGGUCACCAACGAAAAACCCCGUGAGCACUCAGGGAACGCUUAGACUGUGUUCCAUGUACUCUGUAUCCGCAGAAAAGAAUGAAAUCUUAGAAAUUUGUCUCCAGAAUUAAAGUAUAAAUGGUUUGGCAUUUACAGACAGGUAAGUCUGAGUAAUGAAGAAGAUAGCAUUCCUCAGUGAGGCCAGAUAAAUGAGGUGCUGCCGUAGUAAGCUCAUUUCAUUUCCGAAGUCGGCUUUCUGAGAUAAAGUUGAGUUCCUAAUAAAGAAGCUAGUAUUUGGAUCUGUUUUCUUCCCAAGACCUGUCUUUAAAUACAGUUCUCUUCUAAUUAUUUGUUAUGGUUCUUUUUUAAUUUAAAAUUUGGGAGACAGUAGAGGACCUAGAAAAAAAAGUGUGGUUAUAUAACAGUUACCUGAACAAAAUGUAGUAAAACUAGGUUUUUCUCUAGCAUGAAGGUGGAGAGGGAAGCAUUGUCUUUUUCCUCAGGGGAAUUAAAUUCUCAGAUACUUCUGUCAUCAGCUUCCCUCUUCAUCCUUGCCUCCUCUUCCUCCCCACCCCUCAAACCAC